CCUGCAGUUGCCAAAACAGAGAUCUGUUUGAAUGGAGAGUCACCUUUGUUAGCUGCCACUUUUGCUUACUGGGACAAUAUUCUUGGUCCCAGAGUGCGACACAUUUGGGCCCCAAAGACCAAACAAGUUCUCCUCAGCGAUGGUGAAAGAACUUUUCUUGCAAAUCACACACUAAAUGGAGAGAUACUUCGGAAUGCAGAAAGCGGUGCAAUAGAUGUGAAGUUUUUCGUUUUGGCAGAGAAAAGAGUAAUCAUUGUGUCAUUAAUCUUCGAUGGAAACUGGAAUGGAGACAGAAGCACCUAUGGACUGUCC